AAAGAGGAACUUGUUAGUUUCAAGGGGGUAAUCAACCAUCUUCGCCAUCAACUAAUAAAUAAAUAAAAUAAAAAAGAAGUCUGUCAGUUUAUUUGCUCCACCGUCUUCCAACGGCGUCGGAAAGGAAGUCGCCGUUGCCAUUCUUGCUCGGCCUUCAUCCAAGUAAUUUUCUCUUCCAGCAACCCAAGAAGAACAUCUGCUUUUCUACAAAUUAAUUGGAAACUUAGAAAAAAUGGAAAACCGAGGCGACCCUGAAAACCAGCAGCAGAAUAAGAAUACGUCAUUUGCCAUAAGAAUACCAUCUUACGAAGAGGUGGUGGGGAGCUCCGAACCAAAGGCACAAUCUAUAUUCAAUCCAUCCCCUUCGUUUUCUCAGGCUUUCAAUUUCGUAAAGAACACCGAAUUCUACACAACCCCUCCACCUCCAUCAAAAGUUUCCCCUUCACCUUCUCACACGCCCGAUUCAAGGCAAUUUGUUCAAUCCGAAGCUCCAUCGACUUUAGUUUCAUCAACCGGUGGGAAUCGGAACUCCAUCCUUGUUAGCAAUAGACAGAAAGGGAACCCUUUACUGAAACAUAUUAGGAAUGUGCGAUGGGCUUUUGCGGAUAUUGUCUGCGACUACUUGUUGGGCCAGAAUUCUUGUGCGCUGUAUUUGAGUCUUCGCUAUCAUCUUCUCCAUCCAGAUUACCUUUAUUUUCGAAUAAGGGAACUGCAGAAGAACUUCAAGCUACGUGUCGUAUUAUGCCAUGUUGAUGUGGAAGAUGUUGUUAAGCCUUUACUCGAAGUCACAAAAACAGCUCUACUCCAUGACUGCACUCUCUUAUGUGCUUGGAGUUUGGAAGAAUGUGGUCGAUACUUGGAGACGAUUAAAGUGUAUGAAAAUAAAUCGGCUGAACUUAUUCAGGGACAAAUGGACAUGGAUUACCUAUCACGGUUAAAUAACGCAUUGACAUCGGUGCGGCAUGUGAACAAAACAGAUGUUGUUACUCUUGGGUCUACAUUUGGGUCUCUUUCUAAUAUCAUGGAUGCGUCGGUGGACGAUCUUGCUCGUUGCCCCGGCAUAGGAGAACGAAAGGUAAAACGGUUGUAUGAUACUUUCCAUGAGCCAUUCAAGCGCGUAGUUCCGAACCACACACCUAUUGCAGAAAAUCCUAUUGACAACCUUGCCCCUGAAAGUGAGAAAAACGAGGAGGAGAAGGAAACUGUAGAUGAAACCAAACGAAGAAAAAAAGAGGAACCAGUAAGUGUAAAAUCCGCACUGAAAGCUGCAUUUGCAAAAUACGGUGAAAUUGGUAGGAAGAAAAAUACAGAGUCGGGAGAGAAGAUUGUUGUUGCUGCUGACCAAGUCGAUAACACUAAUGAAGAUGUUUCAAGUUAGUUUUUCGAGAUCUAAAGGUGUGUAAAUUUGUCUUUGAAUUGAAAUUUUAGGAACAAUUACGGGUGUGGUCGAUUUUCGAUCUUUCCAUAAACAGUCUGGAUCACAAGACAUUAAAUUUGUAUUCUGUAAUAUUUACAUUAUUUAUUCAUUUAUUAUAUAUUCAUUUAGUUUAUUAA